CAGCCGGGGCGGAGGUGGGGGCACCCCUCGAGAGCUUCCUUGGCUUUUUGCUCUGAAAGGGACGCGGGAAGGGCGAGGGGAGCCGAGGCCUCCCCUUGCCCCCGAGAAGGGGAAGCCACGGGCACACCGAGCUCUCGGGGCGUUCUCUGGAGGCUCCUGGGGCGGGAGGCCCUUAGUAGGCCGACGUAGCGUAGGUGAAACUUCCCUUUGGCUUUUUUUUAAGGGAGAGAGGGAGAGACUGACUGAGGUAGAAACACGCAGAGAGGGGGAAGGAGAGAAAGAAAGGGUGGUUCUCGGAAGCUGAAUGCGGACGCUUGCCCGGGUUCGCGGCGAGGGGGGGCAGGGCUCUGAAAGAUCCCCGACCUCUCCGCGUAGAGUCUCUCCCUUCCCCUCCCCUCCCAACCUUUGCUCCCGAAGGUGUUGGUAUGAACAGAAUUCGGAUCCACGUCCUGCCAUCGAAUCGGGGGCGCGUCAACCCAGUGCCCAGAUCUCAGGAGCCCCAGUCUUGUUCCUUCACACACCGCCCAUGCUCCCAGCCCCGUCUCGAAGGGCAGGAGUUUUGCAUUAAACAUAUCCUCGAAGACAGGAAUGCCCCUUUCAAGCAGUGCAGCUACAUAUCUACCAAGAAUGGAAAGAGAUGUCCCAACGCCGGCCCCAAGCCUGAGAAGAAAGAUGGUGUAUCCUUCUGUGCAGAACAUGCCCGUAGGAAUGCCCUGGCACUUCAUGCUCAGAUGAAGAAAAACAAUGCUGGACCCAUGGGUGAAACACUUUUGUGCCAAUUGAGUUCAUAUGCUAAGACUGAACUGGGUUCCCAGACUCCAGAGAGUAGUCGCAGUGAAGCUAGCCGAAUUCUGGAUGAAGACAGUUGGAGUGAUGGUGAUCAGGAGCCUGUGACUGUGGAUCAGACCUGGAGAGGUGAUCCUGAUAGUGAAGCUGAUAGUAUAGACAGCGAUCAAGAAGACCCCUUAAAACAUGCUGGUGUCUACACAGCUGAAGAGGUGGCCUUGAUCAUGCGUGAGAAACUGAUCCGUUUACAGUCUUUAUACAUUGACCAAUUCAAACGACUUCAACAUCUAUUGAAAGAGAAGAAACGUCAUUAUUUACAUAACCGCAAAGCAGAACAUGAAACUUUAGGUAGUAGCCUUUUGACUGGUCCAGAGGGACUUUUAACAAAAGAGCGUGAAAGCUUAAAGCAGCUGAAAUGUCUUCGGCGUUACCGCCAGCGCUAUGGUGUGGAGGCCCUGCUACACCGACAAUUAAAAGAGCGCAGAAUGCUGGCCACAGAUGGGACUGCUCAACAGGCACAUACUACCCGUUCCAGUCAGAGGUGUUUGGCUUUUGUUGAUGAUGUUCGCUGUUCCAACCAGUGUCUCCCUAUGACCAGGCAUUGUCUGAAUCAUAUCUGUCAGGAUACCAAUCAGGUUCUCUUCAAGUGGUGUCAGGGCUCUGAGGAGGUACCCUGCAAUAAACCAGUUCCUGUCAGCCUUUCCGAGGAUCCCUGUUGUCCCCUGCAUUUUCAGCUGCCACCUCAAAUGUAUAAGCCUGAGCAGAUUCUUUCUGUGCCAGAUGAACUGGAAGCUGUCCCCAUGGAUAUGUACUUGAGUGCUGCUGAACUUCAGCCCACAGAGAGUUUACCUCUGGAGUUCAGUGAUGACUUGGAUGUAGUGGGUGAUGGAAUGCAGUGUCCUCCUUCUCCCUUGCUCUUUGACUCUUCACUAACUCUGGAGGAUCAUUCAAUCAAAGACAUUGCUGAAGCUCCUGUGGAUAUUCUGAACCAAGUACAGAUCGCAGUAGGUGUGCCCAGGUCACAGGGAUCCCAAAAUCCUGAAGAAGCCACAGUUUCUGCACCAUUGCCUGGAUGUGAAGUGGUUGCCACAAAUGGGAAGCCAGAACAUAUUUCUAUCAGCUGAUAGUUGCUACUGAGAACAAGUUGACUUUGGGAGAGGGCGAAUUCUUCAUUUCCCUGAGAAAAAUUUGAUUGUUCUUCACCAAAAGAGAGGACCCAGGCUGACUUAUUUUCUCCCCUUUGGGCAGCUGAUAUGUAUAGUCAAUCAUAAAGCAAAAUUGUUUUGGGAAUAGAGUUAUAAUUGUCUCAGCUGUGGGUGACUCUUUAAAUUGAGCAAGCUGUAUGUAAUUCUGCUUCUUGGGGAUCAAUGAAUGAGUUUGUGUCCAAGAGGAAGAAAAUAGCUUAAUAAUGGAAUCCUAAAACAUUGACUAGGAAACCAAUUGGGUAGCCAGUAUGACAAGACUGAAACUGGAAAAUAUAUCCUAUAUUCUUCUAGCUGUUUCUGACAUUUCAUCAAAGUUGAGUGCUAAACUGGGCAUAUCCAAGUCCCUCCAUCCCAAAAGGAAUUCAGGUGUGGACAGUUUGCAGGAUCAAAUCCUUCUUACCCUUCCAGCUUCCUGCUUCUAACCUGUCUAGAGUUCUGUAGUGGUCACCUUAUGUAAGAUAAAAUAUAAAUAUUCUGUAUAGAAUUUCUAUCAAAUGAUCUAAAAAAGAAAAAGAAAGAAAAUGUGUUGAAAAUGAAAAAGUCUUAUCACUUGAAAUGUGAGUUGUGGGUUUAGUUGAAUAAUUUUGUAUUUGAGAGGGCUACCUACCACUGAUUGAAAAAAACAUACUGGCAUAUGGCCUUAGUGAGACUUAUGUACAGAAAACGAUUUUCUAAACCUGUUUUUAUAUAUACAACCUCCUGCCCCCCCCCCCCCCCCCC